CAGGAAGUGCCAGCGGCUAUGUCUUCCUGGAAAGCGGAGUGUUCAUAGACAGGUCCUCGCCAGACUCAGGGGAGAGCAGCGAGAGCGGCGAGAGCGAGCACAGCAAGGGUGAACCCCCGGCAAAAGCCCAGCGCAAGCUGAGCAAGCUGAAGAGGCAGCAAUCGCUCAGCGACGGCGACGCCGCGAACAAUGAGCUCGAGCCGACCUUAUCAGAGACUACAAAGCUUUCUCACAGACGGUGCCGCUCGUGCCCGACUGGCCACAGCGAGGCUUCGGAUCAAGACGCCUGCCUUCAGCAGGCAAAAAGAAAGCCAGAGCCCGCGCCGCAGGCGGUGCAAGAACGGCCUCGGCGGGGAUCGCGGCCUGGCCGAGGCCGCAUUUUGACGGAGUCUCUGCCGCCGGAGUACUUCAAGUCUCGAGGGGGUCGAGACGGUGCUUUAGGCACUCUGAGCCUCUUCUUGCCCCAGCAGCUCACGCCGCGGCAGAAGCGGAGACUCUCCUCGCCCCUGACCACCUUUAUCCCGGAGGAUAAUACGGGGGAGAGCCUGCAAGAGGUGCGCGAGAGCAUCUUCGAGGCUUUCUUUGUCAUCGAUGUCCAAGAGACCCAGCAAGAGUCCAGGCCGCGUGCGAAGACGGAGGUUGGGGCCCGGAACCCGCACCACCGGCGGACCAGACUGGCAUCCCUGGUUCCAGGCGUGGAAAAGAACCAUUCGCGAAUGUGCUGGCCUGACGGUGUGCAGGGAGGCCCACUAGAGCAAAUGCUUGUGGAGCGUGGCUUCUGCCCAGGCCCCAUGGACUAUCGGUUCAACGGAAAUGCCUUUGUGCUCUCCGUGCUGGCACAAGCUCUGAACCCGACAGCUCAUCCCAACGACUUGGCGUACUGCACAGUCGUCAGCGAGGACGACCACAUCCCGGCGCUGCCGGCGGAUCACCGGGAGCUCCUAGAGGAUGAGCCGGAGGUGAACCACUGCAGAGCACACAAGGAAGACUCGGAUGACAUGCUGCAGCAUAUCCCCGAUGGCGGUGUCCUAUGCUUGGUCUCCAAGUUGCCCUUCUUCGACUUUAGCUUUGCAUUGCUGGACAUCCUGCGCCAAAAUCUGGAACAGGCCCCGGCCCUCCUGGAGCGCAUCAACGAGAAGGGCAUGGCGCAGCUGGCCCGAGGCCUGGAGGUUGGAGACCUGAUCGACAAGCCCAGGGUGCUGGGGCUGACCACCAUGUCGCAGAGGAUGCCGGAGCCGCUGCUGUCUCCAGGUUGCGAGUGGUCGCACUUCGCCAACCUGAGCCAUCCCGAGUCUUCGAGCCCCUUGGCUCUGACCCUGGCCAGGUGGCAAGUCUGGUGGGGCCUCAUGACCUUGCUCAUGCGAUGGGGGGACAAGCUUCUGGAGGUGGUGAUCAAGCUGCUGCCCUGCGUGGUGCUGGAACAGCAGGUGUUGCUCCUCGGGGAUGCGCCACGCGCCUGCGUGGUUGCGUUGCUGCUGCGAGGAAUGCUUUGGCCCUUCCAGUGGCAGCAUCCCUUCAUUUGCGCGCCCUUACCACCGGCGGCGCUGCACGAACUGCCUCUCUUGGAGGCCUGCUGCCCAAUGAUCAUGGCCUUUGGGGAGAUGCCGAUGCUUGCCCACUUUUGGCGCUACGAUACUGUGUACCAACUGCCGCCCAACAUUGUUGUGGGGCUCCUGCGGAACGAGUGGGUCUACAUCAAUGAGAAGCUGGAAACGACCGGCGGGCUCUCAGGGACGAACACGUCCAAGUUCCCGCCUUUCGUGCAAACAGACCUGCGGAACAAGAUCAAGGAGGCGCGCAAAAGGCUCCGGAACCGUCAGAACGGGCAAGAGUUCUUGGAUGCCGUGCAGCAGGUGCAGGACGCGGUGACGGAGGCGAUCGGGAAGCUCGCGGGGCUGGUGAAGAGCUAUGCCAAGAGCCGGGUUGCUGAGGAGCAGCACGGCGGCGCGAUGUCCGAAAACCAGGCGGAGGAGCUGAGAGAAAGGAGCUACCAACGAGCCCUGAAAGUCGAUGAGUUUCUGGCCUGGCUGCGUGGGGAGGCGGCGACCUACGGUGAGCCGGAGCCCGUCGAGUUCUACAAGACCUUCUUGCAGACGCAGUGCUUCAUGAACCUGCUUUUCGAGGAGAUUUGCGCGGAAGUGGACACAAGGAUGUCGGUCCGACAGUGAAGGAGCGGCGCCUUCAGAGGUCCUGAGAGUUUCGCUCGUGCACGUGUAGCGCAAAGGUUUCAAUUCUUUCA